UCCUCCGUAUCGUUGACACGUCCUACGAAAAGAGUGUGGAGUCAGUCGGUACGUUUGCUUCUCUCGUGACUCGUCUUGUGCGUUGAUUCUCAACCGAGAGUUCUCCCGUGCUACCGAACGAAUUCGUCGUUCGGUUUCCUCGAGUUCUCCAACGCAGUCGCCGCUGCUCGUGCUUGACGGUAAGCGACGUUUUCCUCCUUUCAAACGUCGCGCGUGCAUCGGACAGUGCGCGUGCCGUGCGACCGUUAGGUCGCUGACUUUCAAAACAGUUUCAAUUGCGAUUUCGGCCUACCGACGUCGCUGUGCGUGCAGUAGAGCGCGCGCAUCGACCGUGAUCCUUCGCGAUCGUUCGUUUCUCUCUGUGUCGUAUCAUCGAAAACUGCAGUCUCGAAUAGUGGAUUGGUGAAUUUCGUGCGAGCGUGACAGUCUUUCUUCGGAACAGUGAACAACUUAACGGGGAACUAUGUCGUCGACCAUCAACUGUCUCUUCACCGCGAUUUUCCUGAUCGCCGUUGCGACUGGAAUCAACGCCACCCAAACCAUGGACGCUAAGAUUCGCGACGACUCCGAUUUAUCUCAGUUCUACCAGUUAUUGGAAGCAAGUCAGGUGGCCAACACCACGCUCACGUAUCGUCACGUGACGGUGUUCGCACCCACAAAUCGAGCCUUCCAAAAGUACAACGGAACUACGAAAAACUUGGUUCUCUACCACAUGUCAAAUUUCCCGAAAACGAUCGAGAACCUAGGGGACUCGAUUUCGUCGGAGUUAGAGGGUAAUCCACCCCUAUGGGUCACCAGGCGAACAGGCACGCACGGCCAGGAAGUCUACAUAAAUAACGCGAAGAUCCUGACGGAAAGAAGCAAUUUUCAAUCGAAGGUUAUCGUUGGCGGCGACGUGAAGACUCAGGUUCUGCAUAUAAUCAACGAAGUACUGGAACCAGUACGCUCGAAUUCCGCGGAAAUGCCGAUCUACAGUCCAAACGCCUUUGAAUUCCUGAACCAAAGCGAGAAUCUCGAUCUGGGUGUUCAUCGUGUUCGCAUCUUCCGGCAGCGGAUCGUGACGGAAAAGAAGGAGGAAGUCUUCAAGGCGGACGGACGUUACACCUUUCUUAUCCCCGUUGAGGAGGGUUUCCAGCCAUCGCCCAGGCCGGAAAAGGUUGACCGCGUGGUAAUCGAUGGCCACGUGAUACCCAACCACGUCCUCUUCACGACACCGACGCCUCACAAUGUCCCUUAUGAGACCCUAACGUUCACAGAUAACGUCAAGGUCACCGUUAGCUUCCUCAAGGAACACGAUAAAGUUUACGUGCAAUCGAAUACCCUAGUUGGCGACGCUGGUCAUCCUACUGGAGUCGUGUUGGCAGAAAUAAUUAAAGCGAACAUCCCCGUGCGCAAUGGCGUGGUCCACUUGAUUCAACGACCUCUUAUGGUUGUCGAUACCACGGUGAAGGACUUCCUCGAGUCCUUCAAGGGCAUCGAGAAAAAGGACGGACCGGUGUACAAGUUCUACGAGACCAUUCGCGAUUUCGGCGAGGAGAUCAUGAGCACCAUCAGCCACCUUCGCGACGUCACGCUCUUCGCGCCCAGCAACGCAGCCCUCGAGGAACCGGGCGUUCAGAAGAUCUUGCAGGACAAGCAACGCGUCAAAGAAAUCUUGAAUCUGCAUUACGUGAAGGAACGACUGCCACUCGACAAGAUCAAGAACAAGACUGUCAGCAAGGUACCCACGGCAGCGGACAGGAAGAAGCUGUACUUCAACGUGGUCCAGGAACCGAGCGGAAAGCAGAUAGUGACUGUUGAAGGUGGUGGCGUGAACGCGACAGUAGUCACCGCGAAUAUUGCUGCUACUAAUGGACUUAUCCACAUCAUCGAUAGAGUCCUUGGUGUUCCUUACACCACUGUGCUGGAGAAGCUUAAAACCGACCCCAUGCUCAAUUCCACCUACUUCCUGGGACAACGACACGGAUUCAACGGCCAACUGAAUGACACGACGAAACAUUUCACUUACUUUGCACCACGUGAUUAUGCCUGGAACGUAGCAGCUGUCAGUUCCCCGUCUACUUCGAAAAAGAUCUUUAUGCCCGAAUUUAGCUAUCACACGAAACAAAUCCUGGAACGACAUCUGGUGAUAGCCGACGAGGCGUACACGAUGGCCAAGCUAAAGGAGAUGAAGCACAACGACACCAUCAUCCUUCCUGCAGCCAGAGACAGCCUGAAGCUUCGUGUCCGGGAGUACAGCGAAAAUGACAAGUACGACGAAAACAUGAUCCGACCAGAAACUUUCGGUUACCAGAUCGAAUGGGAGGGCAACUGGAUUCAGGUGUUCCGUCCGGACGUGGAGUGCACCAACGGGAUCAUCCACGUGAUCGACGCGGUGUUACUGAAGGACGGCGACGUGAGGGUGACCGGGACCGCGACGAUGAGCAGCCUGGCACCGCAUCUGAUCACGAUCCUGGUGGCCAAGUGGCUGCUUUAAGGACGAACUACUUCGAGUCUGUCAAUAGGUGCACCUAGGAAUUUAUUUCGGGACCGUCUCCGAUCGUCCUCGUCCAGGAGAGCGCAGUGCACGAGAUCCGGAUUUGAACUUUGAAGAAAGUCGUCUUGAACCGGGCCAGUUCAUCAGAGUCGGUGCUUUGUCCCCGAACGACUCUGUUCGCGAAUGCUUGCCGGGGACCAGGCGGUCCGUGAUCUCCGUUGUGACGCUGCGUGAACUGUGUUCGAGGGUCUCUUUGCUUUAACGCCUCACACUUUCAAUGGAAAAAAUAAAGAACCCCCCUAAAUGUGUUCCCUGCGAAGAAAUCGAGGCACGAUCGACGGAUCGGGGACGAUCCUGAAUGACGCGAGAGAUCGAGGGCCCUUGGCCUGAUCCUCGGGAGAGGAUAUCGCGAUUUCUGUCUAGGUCAGGCAAGGGCCGGUCGAUCGACAAACGUGGGCGAAGCUUAAACAGGAAACGUACUAUUUAGCAGUUUCAAAGUCGAAUUAUCGUCGUCAGUAAUGGUUCACUACGAACGUGCAGGUGUUAUUACAUAACGAUAGAGAUUCUCUUGAUUUGAAGUUUUAUCGUAUCGAUAGGAAUCGUCAGGUGUCUCGUGCGCGCGAGCGUACGCCGGGAGAUCCGCGAGAUAUCUCGAGGAUUUCUCGCGUUCGAGGUUAGGAAGGAAAGGAAAAAGACAUUUAACGGCGACGAUCGCGCGGCGAGACAGUUCCGCGAGUUAGAGGCGCCAUUGAUCGUACCAAAUGAUUAAUUAACCGUACCAACCAGUAAGUAAUUUAGAGAAACUUUACGAACGAGAAGAACGUGGAGGUAAGGCAGAGAUUUCGGGGAACCUUCUUCGAGUACAAGGGCAGAGCGAGGGUUGGCGUUUUCUAGACCAGUCUAUUCGAUUUCUCUGGCAAGAGAAGAACGCGUUUUCUUUCCUCCAUUUAAGCUUACGAUUUCGUGUAAAUUAUACGGCUGAGUUACCAACGCUGGCGUUCCUCUUUUCUGAACGACACCUAGGAUUACGACCACGCGAAAGUAUCACCGAGCGGGAAUCCAUAUCUAUAUACCGACAUUUUAGCAGAAACGCAGGUGUAAGGAUGCAAUUCAAAUUUCCCGCGUCUACGUCGGUUCGGAUCGAACGGUCGUCGACGUUCUGGCCAUAAACUUUUUCGUACAACUACGUAUCGCCUAAUUAUCAUACUUCGAUUUCAAUCACGAUCAUACGCUAUAGUUCUGUGUGCAUGUAUGUAUGAAGCGUCCUUUCUGUUUGGCGUACGAAUCGCGCGGCGAGGCACACGGGCCGCCAUCUUGUUGUCAGCUGGCCAGUGAGUGGCGUGACCGACCCGAUGAAACCGUGUCGCUGUACAUAGGUGGAGCAAAACUCGUCCUUAAAAAUCCUCUCGAACCUCGAGCGAAAUUUCGAAACGACCGAAACAGGCGUCGUUGCCUAUCGACGCGUGGUUUUGCGCCCUAGAUGUGAUUUCCUAUUACACUUGCUCUCUGUAUCAUAUCGUAUUACACUGUCUACUUACCGAUAAUACUGCCACGUCUCAUUUCAAGCCGGACAGGUGCUUGUAAACGAGUUUUUGUACAAUUAUCGUUGAAAGAAGCGAAAGUUUAACCCAGUUAGAAGUGACUCGAUCACAUUCCGAUAUCGCAUAGGCUGUUCGAACGAAAAUUCGCAUUUUACGAGAAACAAGGACGAAUUCUAACCUCGCUCGAUGGGAUACCGGUGCUCGGACAGGCCGUUUAUUACCAUGCAAAUUCCAGGGGAAACGAAGUUUCUUUAAUCGUUAUCUCAGACUUCGUUAUGGUAUCGAAUUACGGAACUAGAGUUGACUUAAUCGUUCCGAGUAUAAAUAAAUUCGCAAAGUUUGACCAGAGGGCAAUCGAUACGUCGGUGUAACGAGCGUUUGACGUCGAAAUACGGUAAUAAACAUAUCGUUUUAUUUAAAUUUAUGGUUUUACCUUACCGAAGAACGUAUCGUUGAACAUUCGAGCACGGAAUAUGUUAUGCACGAGUGAAGCCUAGCGUUGUUACCUCUUCUCUUCGGUGCGGGAAUUCGUUCGAGCGGAUUGUAUAACACUCGUAUAAAAUACUCACUGAGAAAGCUUUUUUUUAUUCGACUGUACAGUGCUAUAUAUAAUAUAUCUAUACAUAUAUAUUAUAUAGGAUCGUCUGUGUCAAUGCACCGUGUCGCAAUAGUGUCGCUAUCGAGAUUACAGCCGAACUCGUAUUUUCUUUCGACCAGUGUAGUUCGGUUUAACCUUUUGCCGUUCUGUACCAUUCCUUGUCUCGUUGCUUGUCACAUCGAACGAUUCAGAUUCCCGACUGUCGCGUUAUAAGUCACUUCGCCUUGCGGAUAAGUUGCGAACGUUACGCUCGAACCGAAAAUGGCGGUGCACAGAGGCGAGACUGCAAAGGGUUAAACCGUGGCCACGUAAUCCAGGAUCAAGGGACAAA